UAGCAGGCUGUACCUGCACCCAUACUCCAUUAGCUUCAGUGAAAGGAGGAGGGAAAGAGCUCAACGCAGCUCUACUUACAGGCUGCCCUUGGGUGAAAUUUUGGUAACCCAAGUUAAAUAUUAAACAGCAGUUUCAACAUUUUUUCUUCCAUCGCACUAAUUUGAGAGAGUGGGGACUGCUUCACAGACAGCAAUGGCCAGCUACAGCGUGGAUCCAGGCCCUGAAAGUGUUUCAAAUCUGCAGAGCCAAGUGAAUGAUGUAAAAGGAAUCAUGACACAGAAUAUAGAAAAGGUUCUGGACAGAGGAGAGAAGCUGGAUGACCUCAUCAUUAAAACAGAUGAUCUCCAAGCUACAGCUGAUUCUUUUCAGAAAACAUCCACAAAAAUCGCAAGGAAGAUGUGGUGGAAAAACACAAAAAUGAUGAUUAUCCUUGUAGUAAUCGUGGUUAUAAUCGUCAUCCUCAUCAUCCUCCUUGCUACUGGUGUUAUCCCAACAUAAGUCUGCCUGUCUCCCACUGCCAGGACUAGUUUCAAUCAAUUUCAUUGUGUAAAUAUAUAAUGCAUUUUUUUCUCUGGUAUGUGUAUUAAAUACUAUAAAUUAUAAGCUUUGCAAGCUGAUGUAUGUAAAAUAUUUUUUUAAUGGGUGAUACAACUACCAAUAUUUGAAAUAACAUUCCCAGAAGUGUAGAUAGCUUUAUCAAUAUUACGUACUGUACAUGCCAUUUGAAAUCCUUGUUAGACCUAUUGUCCUUCUCCCCGUGUAAAUUUCCUUCUCAAUGAUUCAGAUACUGUAUUGUCACAUGUACCUAGUACAGUGAAUGCAUAGAACUUGGUAAAAUCACACAGCAGACCUCUCCUUGGCAGUACACACGUGUCUGGCGCCGACAAUUUCCUCAUCAUAGAAAUUAGGUGCAGGAGUAGGCCAUUCGGCCCUUCGAGCCUGCACCGCUAUUACUGAGAUAAAUGUUACAGUGCAAUUGAACUACAGUUUUCAUUUCCACACAGGAGUAUAGCAUAGGCCCAGUCAUCAUGAUAUCCCUUGGCAAGCACUUUCCAGUAGGGAACAUUGGAAAGUACACAAAAGCACAGAAAAGAUAUCAAGCACAAUUGCUGCAGCCUAAUUUCUAACCCAGUUAAAGUCAAUUGAAUUUACAGGACAUGCCUGUUGCAGGUCUAGGGAGGAAAACAUUUUCAUUCAUCAUAUCCAUGAAUAUUGUUUUUUAGAACUAUGUUUCUUUCUCUUUACCCACUGAGAUGUAUAAUAGCUGAUUUCUAGUGUGUUGUUACAGAACUGGUAGGUGGAAGAGAUAUUUAAAGAGAAACAAUAGUAGCAAAGGAAGAAAACAUCCAGCAAUGAUACAUUAUAACUUUGGAUCAAACCUCGUGCAGGAUCUUACCAAACAAAUAUGAACUUGGCUUCAUUGUUUCAAUAGAUUUCUUGGCGUAAGCAAAAUGGAAUUAGGAAGGGGAGAUGGUAAACAGGAAGAAUAAUAAAAAAAUAAUCUGGAAAUGUUUUACUUUAAAUAGAUACAUUAUAAUCCAGUUUAUUUAGCCUACAUGUUCAGUCACCUCAUUUAUAAAAUAGAUUAUUAUUGUAGAGAAGAUCUUAAGGGUUGCUUCAAUGUCAAAAAAAUCUUAAGAACAAGUUCAAGUGAGUUUAUUGUCAUGUGUCCCUGUAUAGGACAAUGAAAUUCUUGCUUUGCUUAAGCACACAGAAAAAAGUAGGAAUUUACUACAAAACAGAUAAAUGUGUCCAUAUACCAUGAUAUAAAUAUAUACACACAUGAAUAAAUAAACUGAUAAAGUGCAAAUAGCAGAACAAGUCACAUAGUUUGUGGAUGGUAACUGAAGUGACUUUAAUAAGUGUUAAAUCCGUAUCUGGGUUGAAUGUUCUCAGCCUGUAACAUGACAAAGCCAUUAAAUCAAGGACAAGGCGCUCCUCGGCCACUACCUCGCCCAUUUGGCAGAAUGUAUAGAAGUGUGAAAACACACACAUCGCGAUUCAGCUGGUAUCAGGCAACUGAGCCAUCCUACCAAUGACUAGAGCAGCCCUGAGCUACUAUCUAUAUUAGUGGAGAUCCUCGGACUAUAUUUGACCGAACUUUACUAGAUGUUUAUCUUGCACUAAACAUUAUUCAUGUUAUUCCCUUUAUCAUGUAUCUGUACACUGUGGAUGGCUCGAUUGUAGUCAUGCAUUGUCUUGCUGAUUGGUUAACACGUAACAAAAGCUUUUCACUGUACACGGUACGCAUGACAAUAAACUAAAUUCAAAAUGGAAAUCCAAACAUUUUGAAGCAAUAUGCUACAAUGGUACAUAUAAGAUAAUACCAAGUCAAAAUGUCAGCCCACAUUAAAGCUAUGUAAAAAUACAUGCAUCACAUGGUAGCGCAAACUCUCACGAUCAGCAUUACUAUCCUAUUAGUGAUGUUGGAUCCCAAACAGUUAACCUGUUAAACAGCAAGCACGACACAGGUACUGUAGGAAUGUUAAGCAGUUAUUUCCUAUUACUAGAUUUCUAUAGCAAGUUACAGUAUCAAAUCUGUGUAUACCAGCUCAGCAUGUAAUCCUUUUCCCCCACCCUAUGGAAACAAGUGUGUAAUUUUGAAAAAGGUGGUGAUCAUUCCACUAAAUUAUGUUUCAUUAAUGGAGAACAUCUUGCUCUUGGUACCUCAAAAGAACCUAUCCAAUUACUUAGUAAAUUAUUUCCCAAAUAGUCCUGCUUCAUGUCCAUCCAAAUUCCUUUUGCUUCCAUGGUUUUAGGCAGUGCAUUCCCAAUUCAUUAUUGCUCACUGCAUAAAUGUAUUUUCAUCAUGCCUUUGUACUGUGGAUAUGCAGUCUAUGGUUCACUUCCAUACCCAUUUCUUAUUUAGAUGUAUUUUGUUUUUGAUCAGCUCCAUUAAAAUGCCACGGAUCCAUUUGCAACGUUCUCAACUGAUCUGCAAUAUUCAAAGAUUUGUUCGUCUCUAUUGCAUUUCCCCUUAAAAAAUGUGGUGUUUACUUCACAUUGACUCAAACCAUUAUUUUUAUUGAACUUCUGACCAACAGGUACAUCUAGAGAUCACCAGGUCAAUAAAAUAAAAGCACA